AUGAAUCAGCAAAUACGCAGAAUUCAACAAUUGAGCAACAAGGAGUUAGAAUUAGGUAUAUUAAAUGAAGAGGAUUCAUGGCAUUACGAGUAUAAAGAUCAAGCUUAUAUAUAUAUUGGUGGCUUAGAUACAAGGUUGACGGAGGCUGAUGUGUUGACCAUAUUUUCACAAUAUGGUAAUCCGACAGAUUUAAAACUUGUUCAUGAUAAAACGACCGGUCAAUCAAAGGGCUUUGGCUAUUUAAAAUAUGAAGACCAAAGAUCAACUAUAUUAGCUGUUGAUAACUUAAAUGGGGCUAAGGUAUUGAACAACUUUCUUAAAGUUGAUCAUGUGUUCUACAAGCCCAGUGAUUUGGAAGAGGACCAUAUGUAUCAGCAAAUGAUGCAAAAUGAAUUGCAAAGAGAUCUUCAACUUGGCGACAUCGAUAAUGAAAGUAUACAUCAGCAAAAAUUACUUCAACAAAAUACCAAUCAAUCAACUGACAAAGACGAAAAAUCUGAUAUACAAAUAUGCAAUGUCGAAGAAAAAAGUGAAGAAGAAGACGAAUUUGCCGAUCCAAUGGCAAAUUUUCUUAAAAAAUAA